AUGCAGUCCAUUUCGUACGAAAAAGUGAACGCGAACCUGCCAGCUGCUGAUCUCGACCGCAAAGAACUGUACAAUGUUGCCGCCAGUGUCUACCAGCUCAUGAAGCGCCUACAUCAUUGGCAGCAGGCAGCGUGGGAAACCCUCACGAGGCUUUUCUCGGACAACAGCAGCAGUGAUUCGUGUUUGUUGACCUUUGACAGCCACCCGGAGCUCACCCGCCUCGUACUCGCUACUGUCACCACGUACGUCAAAGUGAAUCUGCUGUGGACCUCGUUCAGUAUCAUCCCAGCGCUGCUUGCAGUCUACUGUUAUCUCCAUCACGCGCAGACUUUAGGAGGGGACAACGCAACACCAAUCGCAGUGUAUUCGCCACUGGAACACACUGAUCAUCGUGUGCGCGAGUUCGUGCUUCACUUUGGUACGGCGCCACUGCUGGCGAUCCAGCAUGACUUCCACCUGCAAGUCGCUGACAAAGGAGCAUCUCUUGCUGCACUUACACUCUCGUGCUUCGAGCGCUUCGAGGCGUGUCGAGAUCUCGCCAAACUCAGACAACAAGGCGUGUUUGACCUCGAGCCACCCGUGAGUGGUGCUUACGCGUCACAUUCCAGUCUUCCAGACCUUCUUAACGCUGCUGACGUUGUCGACUGGGUGAUCUGUGUGGUACUAUGCGUCCCUCACCAACUCUUCGCAAGAGACAGCAGAACUGCCUCAAUGUCUCCCAGAUCUAUUCCGUCGACGCCAUCAUCGCCGUCGUCCUCUUCCGGUUCCCCGUCGUUCUUGUGGGAUUUCAUGGAGACUGUCGCUCGAGACCGAAUGGUGUUCACUAUUCAUCGCAACCACGUCGUCAAUCUCCACGAUCUGCUUUAUCAGCAAGUCACGUCGUCGCUAUCCAUUGCGGUUCUCAGUCCCGAGACUUCUUCGAUUCCCUCGUUUGGAAAAAACCGCUCGGCUGUGUCUUUGAAGAGAUCUAUGAACUCACUAGGUAAGUACGCAUUGAGGAACUGUGGCGUGAACCAUCGCCAGCGACGAGAAGUGGCAAUUUGGCUCACAAAGAAUUGCGUGCAACUAAUGCAACACAAUCCGGGACUGGUGGCCCCUUCCUUUCCGCUGUUUCUAGCAGCUUUGGCCAUCGCUCAUGAUGAGACGCAAUGGGCAAUGUGCCACGGAGUUGGCAACUCGAACGCCAGGUCGUCUCUUCUUCCAAGCCACAUCAAAGCCAAACACUUGCAGCGAGUACAAACGAGCUUUAGUGGAGCUGAACGGGAGAUAGCGGACUUGUUGACUCACUGCAAUCACCUCCGACGGCUUCUAGAACAAAACUCGCAUUUCCUAGCCGAGUAUUAUCAGACAUUCCUUUUGAAUGGAGACGCUGAAGGGAUCGCGUACACUAUUCAUCAACUUCUCCUAGCGAACGAGUCGGCUUCAGAGUUCCGGUCUCUGCUCGAAGGGUUCUUGGACAAUGAACGGUAUCGUAUCAACACUUCGUCGGCGCCUCGGGCUACGUGGGUGCGGGAAUGGCGUCAAGCGAAUGCUCAUUUGGCAAGGCGAACCCAAUUGCCGCUGCUGGACUCGCUUCGUGCUCGAAUGGAGUGCGCAGUCAGACACACGCAGUACAUCUGCAAGAAUGCUCAGCUAAUCGAGCAGACAGCGAACUUUUCCAAGUGCUGGUGGUUCCACAGGAUCAUUUUCGACCAGUGCUUUGAGCAGGUAUUGACCACAGCACCGUCGUCUGCAGUUGGACUGUUGGAGAUCCUGUCGAGUCUUGCGGCGGGGAACUACGUUCUCGAUGAACUCGUAGAAACCGAAGAAGCGACUGAGCAGUCGGAGCGGAUGAUUCAACGCAUGGAUCGGAUGCGAACGAGUUUAGUGGAGCAAGUGGAGCUGGGGCUCGUGUCAGUGGUGAAGCGUGACGCCAUUCUCCAAAGAGACGAAGUGUCUGCUCUCGUACAAGAAAAGAAUGAACCAGCGGAACACAAAGUCACUGCGAGCAACCGAAGGCUUUCGAGCUUUUCACGCGUGCAGUCGAGUCAAGCACUGCGGCCAGGCAGUGCAGAAUUGAGACUAGCGUCCCCAACUGCCUCAGUUUUGAGCCCUUUGCGCUGCUCCCUUCAAGACGCGUGUGUGCAAAUUCGAUGUUUCCUCAGGGCUAGCCAAAGAUUGCUUGGAGGCAGCAGCGAAUUGAACGAUAUGAGCGACGUCUCGCUGGGCGAAGCGGUCCAGAACGCCCUUGCUAAGGAUCUCGCAGACGAGUGCAGUGCUUCGACUUCGAUUCUCCCCCAGGACAAGAGGCUGUUAGAAUGGACAACUGAGUUCCCGCGUGUGUCUGAGAAGGAGUUCGAGCAGUGCUCACUAGUUGACAGACUUUCGUGGCUCUAUGUCUCUCUCGUGACGACAUGGUGUCAUCCUCUACCUUCUACAACGGUAUCAUCGCCUUCAGUUCUGGCUGCUGUGCGCAAACACUGCUUUGUAUUGGCUCCUGGGGCCUCAAGCGAGGUGGACCCACGAGACUACACGGAUCCGGAAGCUCUGCGCCAUCUCAAAACUUUGAUCGGUUCGACGGGUGUUAAGUCCGUAUGCUCGACCGUCGCCAACCUGGUGGUAGCGCAAACGCUGAAGCUACGAUCUUUGAUUGAAGCAGAGCACGCCGUGUUGGCGUUCAUGGACAUGGCAAUGAAUAACAGCUCAAAUGCCGAUGUUGUUCUCGCUACAGCCCAAGUCCGAGCUCUAGACGACAUCGCGACUCUACUCGUCCAGAUUGGGACAGCAGUUUUCCUACUGCAGCUGCUGCACGACCACAGCCCACACGAUACGUCAGACGCGUGGGAAGGUCGUGUAGCCCCUCGGCUUCUCCGCGAGCUCCAGCAAGAUCCCGACCGACGAUCCACGUGGACACGGCUGCUACCAGUUGCCUGUAGCUCAGGUUUCCAUUCGAGUGUGUGGAAGCGAACAACGUACUUGUCAAGCGAAGAGGCAACGGACACUAACGCGCACAUGAUGGGGCUCGCCAUGGCUCGACUGAUUCCUUCACCUCACAGUAGUCAAUCCAUGCAUCGGUGUGCUGUGUCGGCGUUGAAGCGGACUACGGCGGACACGGCGCAGCCAACCGCUGGUCGAUCGAAGGCGCAUCUUGACCCGGGGUCGUCGACGAGGCCUCUAUUGGAAGCACUGGAGCUACUGGUAACAUCUAGGACAUCGGACAGCAGUGAAGCGCAAGGAUCCGCGCUCGGGGAGCUGGAGUUGUCGCUUGAGCGCCUAUUGCCACACGCCACUGCACUCAGCCGUGUGACCUCACUGAGAUUACCUCAGUGA